UUGGCGAAUGCUGUACUCCAUCACAACAGACUACAGGACACAUCGAAAAUGUCAUCCGAGACGCUAGCUAUAUAUCUAGUUAACAUUACUGCGAUAGCUGCAACACAGCACAUUCACAUUUAAACGCUAGGCAACUUCACUAUUUUGAUGGGCCACGGAUGAUGUCCCACGGUUGAUGCCCCAAACGAUGCGGCACCAUUGGCUGCUCGUUGGGGCUUGCGGCUGGAUGCUACUCAUCCUAAUGUUCGCCAGCAAAUUCAUCAAUUUCAAUUUGAGAGCCGCGGAUGACUAUGUGGAACAAUCUGAGAUGCAGAGCUGGACUCUGUCAGGGACCAAGAUCAUCAAAUCCCCCUCCAUGCAGAAGUCUGAAACACAAGAUGAGAAGCCAUCAGACCUGACGGCUGAGCCGUCCUCCGCGGACCUCUCAGACUGGCGCUCUGUGGAAGCAAAGCGCCUGGAGCUGCUCUCGGCUGUGUGCAAGAACUCGACGCUCAGGAACCUCACUCACACCUCCAUCAACAAGUUCGUCCUGGACCGCAUCUUUGUAUGCGACAAGCACAAGAUCCUCUUCUGCCAGACCCCCAAAGUGGGGAACACUCAAUGGAAAAAGGUCCUGAUUGUUCUCAACGGAGUGUUCUCCACUGUGGAUGAGAUCCCAGAAAAUCUGGUUCACGAUCACGAGAAGAAUGGCCUGCCUCGCCUCUCUUCUCUGAGUCAGGUGGAGAUUACUGAAAGAUUAAACACCUACUUUAAAUUCUUCAUCGUGAGAGACCCUUUCGAGCGCCUCAUCUCCGCCUUCAAGGACAAAUUUGUGAAGAACCCCCGCUUUGAGCCCUGGUACAAGCACGACAUUGCGCCCGCCAUCAUCCGCAAGUACCGCAAGAGCCACAGAGACAACGACGCGGCGGCCACGGGCCUGCGCUUCGAGGACUUUGUCCGUUACCUGGGCGACGUGCCCGGAAGGCGGCGCAUGGACAGGCAGUUUGGCGAGCACGUCAUCCAUUGGGUGACGUACGCCGAGCUGUGCGCGCCUUGUGACAUCACCUACAGCGUGGUGGGCCACCACGAGACCUUGGAGCGGGACGCUCCCUACAUCCUCAAGGCUGCUGGGAUCGAGCGCCUGGUGUCCUACCCCACCAUCCCGCCAGGCAUCACCCGCUACAACCAGACCAAGGUGGAGCACUACUUCUCAGACAUCAGCAAGCGUGACAUCAGGCGUCUCUUCGCCAGAUAUCAGGGGGACUUUGGCCUGUUUGGUUAUCCCAGUCCAGACUUCCUAAUGAACUGAGCUAAAGGCUAAAGACAGUUCUGAUAGGCUUGUAGGCUAAGUAAGCUAACUUGCUUCUCCUAAUCUGGCCAUGGUUGACUGAGACGAUAGGGUGCCUCCUGCAGGCUGAUGUGCCGUAGUGAGGGGAUGGCGGCAGUUAGCAGCCAGGCUGGUUCCUCCGAUGGAGCCUGAUUUGCUAUAGCCGACCAUGCCUCAACCAGGCACACCCAGACCAGAUCAAGUAUGUGGCCUGAGGUAGAGUUUGUUGCCAUGGUUAUGGCUCUACAACUAAUGAAGUGCCACAUAGUAGUGUUUCUUGGUAGUCCUUUAGCUUUUGUUAUGAUAGGUAACUUUUAUUUAAUAAGGAAACUAAACAGUGUAACCUACUGUGCGAGUGUGUAACCUCAGCACGUUUACAGAGACAGGGCUGCUGCUGUUGCCGCCUACCAGACCCACACUGGGAGCACCAGGGGUCGACACUGCUGGGUGGGGAACACACCGAUAUGAUACUGGACUUGGUUCCCUUGCAUAUGUGGUGUACCAAAAAACCCCUGUAGGUGUAGUGGAUGGAGGACAAGCAAUGGGAAAGUCUUGGCAGCUCUGCAGACUUCCAGACACGCCUGUGAACAGGAUCACUGGCUGUGUGCCUGGCAGUAUGGCUGUGUGAGCCGUGAUGCCUGUGCUUUCUUAUGGGCAGCGAGGCUAUCUGCGUUCUCUUUCCGCGGUUAGGCAGAGACGGCGAAUGUGUGUCAUCCAGGUACUUCCAUUCUGUCACCCCUAUGCGGAGAGACAGCGUUGUGGUCCAGGGGCUGUGGGAGGGCGAGGAUGGUUUUACGCUCCGAAAUGUAGGCCUGGAAGUUGACAAUGAACAUCUCCAUACCAACAAACGUUUUUGUGUGCGUGUGUCUGUGUGUGUGUGUGUGUGUGUGUGUGUGUGUGUGUGUGUGUGUGUGUGUGUGUGUGUGUGUGUGUGUGUGUGUGUGUGUGUGUGUGUGUGUGUGUGUGUGUGUGUGUGGAGCUGUCAUCACCCAUCUAUGAAGAAAUGCUUCCUGGUGACUUUGUACUCUAAUUCUGGAGAAUUAAUAAAGGCCAAUAUGAAAUCAAGAAAAAAUAAACUUG